UCCCACAGGUUCCUUCCGAAAGCGAGCUGGAGUCUGGCUUGGCCGCCUCGGGGAGUGGGGGCACAGCUAGAAGGAGCCAGAGCAAUCCGCAGGCAGAGGUCGGGAGCUGAGCAGCAGAGACAUGCCCGUGCUGUCUGAGGACUCCGGUUUGCAUGAAACCCUGGCACUGUUGACUUCUCAGCUCAGACCUGACUCCAACCACAAGGAAGAGAUGGGCUUCUUGAGGGAUGUUUUCAGUGAAAAAAGCCUCGGUUACUUGAUGAAGAUUCACGAGAAGCUUCGCUAUUACGAGAGGCAAAGUCCAACCCCCGUUCUGCACAGCGCUGUGGCCCUUGCUGAGGAUGUGAUGGAAGAGCUGCAGGCCGCCUCCGUGCACAGCGACGAGAGGGAGCUGCUCCAGCUGCUGUCCACCCCCCACCUCAGGGCCAUGCUCAUGGUACACGAUACAGUUGCCCAAAAGAAUUUCGACCCCGUUCUUCCCCCUCUGCCCGAUAAUAUUGACGAGGAUUUUGAUGAAGAAUCAGUGAAGAUUGUCCGCCUGGUAAAGAACAAGGAACCCCUGGGUGCCACCAUCCGGCGGGAUGAGCACUCCGGGGCUGUGGUGGUGGCCCGGAUCAUGCGAGGGGGCGCUGCCGACCGGAGCGGUCUGGUCCACGUUGGAGAUGAGCUCCGAGAAGUGAACGGGAUCACAGUCCUGCAUAAGCGCCCCGACGAGAUCAGCCAGAUUCUGGCGCAGUCCCAGGGAUCCAUUACCCUGAAAAUCAUCCCAGCCACCCAGGAGGAGGACCGUUUAAAGGACAGCAAGGUGUUCAUGCGGGCGCUCUUCCACUACAAUCCGAGGGAAGACCGGGCCAUCCCCUGCCAGGAGGCGGGCCUGCCCUUCCAGCGCAGGCAGGUCCUGGAGGUGGUGAGCCAGGACGAUCCCACGUGGUGGCAGGCCAAGCGAGUAGGGGACACCAACCUUCGAGCUGGCCUCAUCCCCUCCAAGCAGUUCCAGGAAAGGCGACUGAGCUACCGGAGAGCCACUGGCACCCUGCCGAGCCCCCAGAGCCUCAGGAAGCCCCCCUAUGAUCAGCCUUGUGACAAAGAGACCUGUGACUGUGAGGGGUACUUCAAAGGGCACUAUGUGGCUGGUCUUCGGAGAAGCUUCCGGCUGGGCCGAAGAGAAAGACCGGGAAGUCCCCAAGAAGGAAAGGGGUCUGUAGGAGCCGAGGCUCCAGAGCUGCUGACCUAUGAGGAGGUAACCAGGUACCAGCAUCAGCCUGGUGAACGGCCCCGCCUGGUGGUUCUGAUUGGAUCCCUGGGAGCCCGACUGCAUGAGCUGAAGCAGAAGGUGGUGGCAGAGAACCCACAGCACUUUGGCGUUGCUGUUCCAUAUACCACCAGGCCCCGAAAGAGCCAUGAGAAGGAGGGGGUGGAAUAUCAUUUCGUCUCUAAGCAAGCAUUCGAGGCCGACUUACAUCACAACAAGUUUCUGGAGCAUGGUGAAUAUAAGGAAAAUCUCUACGGAACCAGCCUGGACGCCAUCCAGGCGGUGAUGGCCAAAAACAAAGUGUGUUUGGUGGAUGUGGAGCCGGACGCACUGCAACAACUGAGGACCUCAGAGUUCAAGCCCUACAUUAUAUUUGUAAAGCCUGCGAUUCAGGAAAAGAGGAAGAUGCCGCCCAUGUCCCCAGCCUGUGAGGACACAGCAGCCCCACUUGACGAGGAGCAGCAGGAGAUGGCCGCCUCUGCUGCCUUCAUAGACCAGCACUACGGGCAUCUGGUGGACAGCGUGCUGGUGAAGGAGGACCUCCAGAGUGCCCACAGCCAGCUCAGAGUGCUCUUGGAGAAGCUGAGCAAGGACAUUCACUGGGUGCCUAUUAGUUGGGUCAGGUAACUAUAAUCCUAGAACAUCCGGGUUGGAGGGGACCUGGAAGACCACCUCGUCCAGCCUCCCCCAUGCUACCGUCAAGGAAUCUCAACUGUGGAGAGGAGCAGAAUUUUCCAUAAACUCCAUUGUCAAGAAUAUAUGUGUGAAGUCUCGUCCGUUACUGGGUUUUUGUCUGUUGUUUUUCACUGCACCCCUUUGGAGCAGAGAACGUGAAUUGAAAGGGGGCGUAUCACAAAAUAGCAUAUUUCAUUCACUCAAGUAUCACAGGCAA